AUGCAGGAGGAGUAUGACGCACUGCAGCGCAAUGGGACUUGGGAGCUCGUUCCCCGGCCCCCUCGCGCCAAGGUCAUCACCGGCAAAUGGGUCUUCAAGCACAAGCUCGGCUCCGACGGUACUCUCGAGCGCUACAAGGCGCGCUGGGUUGUGCGCGGCUUUCGGCAGCGCGCUGGCGUCGACUUCACGGAUACGUUUGCCCCGGUUGUCAAACCGGGCAUGAUCCGCACGGUGUUGCACCUCGUCGCGUCUCGCGCGUGGCCGGUGCAUCAGAUGGACGUCUCCAACGCCUUCCUUCAUGCGGCGCCCGCGCACUGGUACCAGCGCAUCACCGGCUUCCUGCAUCAGCUUGGAUUCCGCUCCACGCGCUCCGAUGCGCCGCUGUUCGUCUACCGGACCGGCAACGACAUGGCAUACCUGCUGCUGUACGUCGACAACAUCAUCCUGACGGCCUCCACCGCUGGUCUUCUUCGACAGCUCACUACCAGUCUUCGCCCUGAGUUCGCGUUGAAGGAUCUUGGCCCGCUCCACUACUUCCUCGGCAUCGAGGUUGUCCGGCGUGCAGACGGGUUCUUCCUCCAUCAGCGGAAGUAUGCCCACGAGCUUCUCGAGCGUGCAGGGAUGCUUAACUGCAACCCUGCGCCUACUCCUGUCGACACGAAGGCCAAGCUCUCCGCCAGCGAUGGGUCGCUAGCGUCUCACGCGCCGUUCUACCGCUCCAUCGUCGGUGCUCUUCAGUACUUGACGUUGACGCGACCGGAGCUCCAGUACGCCGUGCAGCAGGUGUGCUUGCACAUGCAUGCUCCUCGGGAUCCUCAUUGGGCCGCGGUGAAGCGGAUUCUCCGCUACGUAUGUGGUACCAUGAGCUACGGCUUGUCGUUGCAUGCUUCGCCCUCGACGUCGACUGACCUUGUCGCCUACUCGGACGCGGACUGGGCGGGCUGCCCGGAUACGCGCCGCUCCACCAGCGGCUACUGCGUCUACCUCGGCUCGUCGCUCGUCUCUUGGUCCUCCAAGAGGCAGCCCACCGUGUCUCGCUCCGGUCUUUGA